CUCUCCCACAGGUACUCAUACUAAAUCAGUAGAUAGCUGCCUUACACAAUGAAUCAUCAAACAAGAGUAUAUCCCUCGAACUCAGAAAACGCCAUGUUUGACAAUGCUGCAUUUGAAGGACACCCUUCCAAUCCGGAUGAACAUCCAAACAUCUCACACACCGCUCAGACUACUAGUACUAGUCUAAGGCCAGAAAUUUUUCAACCAAAUGGCACAGAUAUGAAAAGAUAUUCACAGCCACAUGACGUAUCCACGAAGAACCACAUAUACAAAAAGAAACUCUGUACCAGCAGGCUUGCUCGUAGCAUUGUGACUGGUGCUGUCGUCAUCGGCUGUUUAAGCAUAGUAGGGCUCACUACAGGCAUCGUCCUAGCAGCAAUGCCCACAUCAUCAUCUUCAUCAUCACAAACACAGGCAAUCACUGGACCUCCCAGGCGAAACCCUAAUGGCAAGACGACAACAACUUCGUCAUUGUAUGCCCCAACUCCAACUACAACUGCCAUGCUUACCUGUGCUGAGCAGGGUUUGUGGGGAUGUGAUGAUGGGAAGUGUAUCAACCCUGCCUGGCGGUGUGACAGUGACCAUGACUGUACCGGAGGGGAGGACGAAAACAACUGUCCUACCUCCUGCACUAGUUACCAGUUUGAGUGUACGGACGGUGCAUGUAUACCCGGCAGCUGGCAGUGUGACACGGAGGCAGACUGUUCUAACGGGGACGACGAGCUCAACUGUACAGCGAGAACCUGCACUUCAAGUCAGUUCACCUGUGGUGACGGCGCUUGUAUAGCGCUAAGCUGGGCAUGCGACUCUUACCGGGACUGCAGCGGAGGAGAGGACGAACUGGACUGUGAAGAUUCAACAGCGGAGCCUAUCGUUCUCCGAGGAAACUGCAGCGCCGACCAGAGGUUCUGUUACGACAGUAACGCAACUUGUAUUGCAGCUGCGCAGUGGUGCGAUGGAGCAGACCACUGUCCCAACAGGAGGGACGAAAAAUUUUGCACUUGCGGAAGAAGACCUGUAGUAGAGACCAGCAGAAGAGGCAGACCGCGGAUAGUAGGCGGGUCGGAGCCGGCCCGGGGUGCCUGGCCGUGGCAGGUGUCCAUACAUGACGGCGAUAGUCACGCUUGUGGCGCCUCUCUGGUCAACACUAAGUACCUCGUCACGGCAGCGCAUUGCGUCUAUGAUUCGCAGAUCCCGAGUAGAUGGAAGGCGUACCUGGGCCUACAUGAACAGGGAGAGACCACAGACCAGCUACAGACACGUCAUGUGGACAGGAUCAUCAUUCAUGAAAGGUAUGACAGCAUCCGGACUGAUUUUGACAUCGCUGUGAUGGAGUUGUCAUCAGAAGUGAACAUCACAGACCACGUCUAUCCUGUCUGUCUGCCGAGGGAAGACGCAGAGUUCUCUACAGGGACAAACUGUUGGAUAUCCGGAUGGGGAUCCAUUGCAGAUGGCGCUGUUCAAGCUACCAUAUUACAAGAAGCCCGAGUCCCAUUGGUCAACGCCACCGUGUGCGAUGACGUAAUUCACUAUGACGGAAGGAUCACGGACCGGAUGUUAUGUGCCGGAUAUGACGUAGGAGGGAUAGAUGCCUGUCAGGGUGACUCAGGCGGCCCUCUGGUUUGUCAGGACGGGGUCACGUGGUACCUUGUGGGCGUGACCAGCUGGGGAGAUGGGUGUGGCCAGCCCUACAAACCCGGGAUCUACGCUGACGUCAAGUACCUCAGAGACUGGCUUAAUACUAAACUCGAGAGCUAAGAGAAAAGAUCUCAAACUGUUACAUCUAUGAUAGCCUGGGUGCCAGACUGUUCCCAGGGCCCACACAGGCCAGUUCCUCGGCUCCAGGGCCAACAUUCCACCAAGGAAAUUGUACCACAUCAACCACAGCUAGGCCUGGCACGCUGGCUAAUAACUCUGGGCCUAGCGUGCUAUGGGCCUGGCAUCCAGGUUAGAUCUAUAAAAAGGUGAAGCUUAUAAUUACUUUUAAGGAAAGAAAAAUCAUAAAUGUAAUAGUAGGGUGGUCAGUUGACAGAAUGUUCAGAGUCUUCACGUAGAACAUGUUUUUGAUUAUAUGUCCUAUAUACAUAUCACUUAAUGUAGUCGUCAGUAUCAUAAAUCAGACAUUUAUCAGUAUGAUAAAGAUAGCUCAAGCUUAAGCUUCAGAUAAAUUGAAGGCAAUGAUAUAAUAAAGCCAUAUUUUGUUAUUUGCACCGUUAUAUAUUCAUGAUAACUUUAUUGCUCAACUGUCAAUGUGUAAAUGUCACAGCUGCAUAACAUAUCUUUCAAGAAAUUGUUGCAAAGUUUCCGGGAUUUUUAGAAUUGGAGAAAUUGUAAUCUAUUGUUAUUGAGUAAGAAAGACAUGAUAAACACUAGAAAGGACGACAUUUGCUCGGGGGCAAAUGCAGCAGAUGGCUUCACUACACACUUCGUGGUGUGGUGAAGCCAUAAAUAUGCAUAUACUAUUACCUAAAUGAUAUUGCCUAUUACCAAGGGAAAUGUAAAUACUCCAUAUUCUAAAUAUCUGCUAAGAUGUUAACUGCUGUAUGUAUCGUUUUUUUUUGGAAAUGUGACUUUGCAAUAGGCUGUGGGCAGGUACCCAAAUGCUGGUGGUUUAUGUUACAAAAAUUAGUUUGCUUCCUACAUAUCACAGAAUAAAUUCUAAGACGACGUUGUUCAAUUUAACAAUUUUGACGGCCGUUUUACACUUUUCAAGCAGCAGUCUGCAGUCUGUUGGGGUUUGUCGUUCCCACUUGUGAAAUGUAUUAAAGCAAGUAGGCACUCUUCAAAGCCAAUAAGCAAUUGUAAAACACGAAAUAAACGAAGUAAAUGAAAUGAAAUGCUCAAAUCGACCUGCUGGCUGGUAUUUAUUCAGUUCAUGCGAGGUGGCAGAGGUCAAGGUCAGACACAAUAAAACAACA